AACUUUCGUCACAACGUCACGUUUGCGGAAAGCCAGGCUCGUCGGAAAAACGCGAUCAUUAACUGUACAAGGUUUAUACAUCGUAAACAGAACCAGUGAGAGGGAAAUUACUCGAAUACACUAUCCGAGUUAAGAUUGGCUGGAACCAGCCAUUUGAUGGCUUCUUCCACACCAAAUGGAGCACCUAAGAAGGAAGCAACUAAUUACACUCAACUGUGCCAUCUUUUAAUUGAUAUUGGCUCUCAGGCCCUGAGAGAUACAUUUGAUAACAUCCAUGCACCAGCAAGACUUCACACAGUUUUGGCAGCAAAUAGGUCUACUUUACAAACACUGAGGAAGCAAAGAGUACUCAAUGCAACACAAUGGAACAAACUGUACCCUGCCAUAGCUACAUCAGUAUCAUUGGAAAACUUUGAUAUCACUCUUUUGAUAGUUCUUCUAAAGCAUAUCUGUGGGUUGAAACCUCCUACAACGACACGAUCAUGGGACAGAGUUCCUCCUACUACAGACACAAGCCACGAGGCUGAUAUUGCUCGUCUGAAAUGUUUCAGAAAUGACAUAUAUGGUCAUGCAGAGAAGGCUUCUAUAUCUGAUUCAGAGUUCAGUACUCAAUGGCGGAACAUCCGUAACACUCUGGUGAGAUUAGGAGGAAAAACCUACGAAAAAAAAAUUGACGGUCUUCAAGUUGAAUGCAUGGACCCUGAGACUGAGCAAUAUUAUACAGAGCUCCUUAAGGAAUGGAAAAAGGAUGAUGACAACAUUAAGGACAUGCUACAUGAACUUGAGAAUGAAGUUGGAAAUAUCAGCAGAAAGCUGGAUGAUUUUGCAACCACUAAUACCUCUACAAGAGGCACUUUAACCAUUGCAAUUGACGUAGACAGUGUUACCUUUGGAGAUGAACAAAAUGUUGAUCCAAGAGAACUGGAUGAAGUAAAGCAAAAACUGAUGUUAGAGAUGACCAAAAAUUUCUUUGAGACAAGGGCAGAUGGAGUGCCAGUUGAGAAUAUACCUCGUCGACUUUGCAGUUACCUAGAAGGAAUUCUAGACUCACCAGUAGUGGCAGCCCAUGAGGGUAGUUUGCUAAUCACAGUUGAGUGUCGCACCCUUGAAAUUCUUGAACGUCUGUGGGAAGACUAUUGCUCUGGUCACCUUAAUGCAGUUGUCGAGGCAUGCCUUGUGACUGAUGACAUUCGAAGAAGAUUUGGCAUAGAGUUUGUCAAGUUGAAGACAACUGUUAUGGAAGAUGAUUAUUUGCAAUGUAAACUUUCUCUAAUGGACAUAACAGCAGACACACAAGCAGAACAUACUAUUCAGCAAGGAAUGCAACAGGUGGCAUCUGAAAAUUUCUUGGAGGCAGGGGCAGAAGAAAUGGCAGCUACCAUUCCUAUUAAGGAACAAUCUCAGAACACCCAGCCUCUGAAUUUGAUUCAUAAUGUAACACCGAGUGAGGAUAGUUUAAGAAUAGAAGUCAAGUGCCUAACUCUGGAAAGUCUCGAACGUCUGUGGCAAGACUAUCGUUCUGGUCAGCUAAAUCGCAUGGCGGAAGAACUUCUAGUGACGGAUGAUAUUAAGAGAAAAUUCAAUGUGGAGUCCAUUACGUUGAAAACAACUAUUUCAGAAGACGAUUACCUGGCCUGUAAGGAGUACCUGUCCAAUAGACCAGGUAAGGCGCCUUAUAGCAUUUUGUGAAUCUAUUUAAGGUAUCAGUGU